CUUGAGAAGUGGGAGGACAAGCAUGUCUGCCUACUCGUUAAGAGUUACUUGAAAUAUAAAGAUCUAUUUGGUAAGCCUCAGCAGAGCAAGAAGAAAGUGUUCGAAAAAAUAGCUGAAGAAUUCAAUCGCACCUCCGAUGUUGUUGUUACUGGAGAUCAGUGCUUUCGGAAAUUUAAGAAACUAGAGUUGAAGCAAAAGGAAAUUGAAGACAACAACAGUAAGACCGGAAGGGAGAAAAAAACCUGGAAGUUCCACAAAGACAUGGAAGACUACAUGGGAGACAACCCAACUGUUAAGCCCGUCUUUACAUUUAACACUUCUUGAGGUAGUUCCUCCUCAUCCUCUACACAGUCUUCAACUGAUGAAGGAUUGAAUUCAGAUAGUAGUGAUUCCGAAGAGAGAGAAGGAUGCAGUUCCUCAAAAUUGAAAAGGCCAAAAAGAAAAAGAAAGUCCAAGUCAUCAGCAUCUGAAAUGCUUGAUUUUUUGACGGACUAUACAGCAAAAAGGGAAAAAGUUGAAGAGGAAAAAGUAAACAUUCUAAAAGCAAUG